AUGGACACUACGUCGAGGGAGGACAGGCGAAGCGACUCGGAAAACGCAGAUAGUAAUAGGUCGUCGGGGGAGUCGAGAGAUUACCUAAUUUCGGGGGAUGAAAAAAACAUCAACGAUGAUGGAAACAACAGCGGUGAUGGUGGGAACGAAGUCGGUGGAGAAGAUCCAACGCAUAAGAGCAGUGACAGUCAGAAGGAGAAGGACAGCUCGGACGACCCUUCGCGCAAAAGCGAAAAGAGAGAGGAAGAAAAAGAAGAACCCCAAAUUGUGAGCGAAACGGAGGAAGAAAGUCGGAAGAGAAAAUCCUCCAGAAGAGAGAAAAAAAAGGCAUAUAAAAAGAGUGAACAUUAUAAAAAGUAUUUCACCAAGAAGGAUGACCAGGGAGAUGCAUCCGAAAGGAAGAAAGACACUGGAGAUGAUUCCGAUGAAAAUUUUUUUUCUGCAGAAAAAAAAAUAGGGAAAAAAAAUAACGAGCAUAUUGCAAACAGAGGGGACCAAGUGGACGAGGAAAAUGUGGACAUGUCCAUUUUUAACGAUGAGAAUGGAGCCUUCUCCAUUUUUUCCAGAUCUCCGGAUGGGCGGGGCGAGGGGGGGAAACGCAGUCGAAGGGAUGGUGCGUCGUCGUCGCCGCGGUCAUCAUCCAGGUCGUCCUCGCGCAGGUCUUCCCCUCGAUCUGCUUCUUCCGUGUCUGCAUCGCGCUCGAGAGGAGCCCGGGGAAAUUCAAGUGAGAGGAGCUCGUCGAACCCGGAGAGCAGAGGGCGCUACCGCGACGGGGAAAGCGAAAGUGAAAGCGAAAGCGAACAUAGUGGAAGAAGUCGAAAACGUGGAAGACGUGGAAGAAGUAGAAGAAGCGAACGAAGUAGAAGAAGCGGACGAAGUGAAAGAAGCGAACGAAGUAGGAGAAGCCGAACCUCCGAAGAAGCGCCACCCCUAAUUAACAACAUUAAAAAGUUCUGUAGCAACAUCAUCACGAGGAGAAGGAACGAACCUGAGGAUGCCUUGGCGUCCAGUAGUCUCAACAAAAAGAAGGAGUUCCUACUGAAUAUUCUGUCAAAUUCAAACGAAAUUAACAUAAGGUUAAAUGAGAGCCAAGAGAAGGUACGAGACGCCAAGAAGGACAAGGAAGACAUGAAUAAAAGCGGGAAAAUCAUGAGAAAUAUAUUGAAUAUCGGGCAAAGCAAUCACGAGGAUGAUACAUAUUAUAGUAAGGAUAACAUUAUCAGUUCGAAGAAUGUCCAGGGCGAUAGUCAAACUGUGAGGACAACCGGGAUAGUGAAUGACAUUGGAAGGUUGCAUCCUCCAGAGGCAAAUCACACAAUUCGAGCGGGCACCGCUCCAACUACCACGUACAUACAAUCAGCAAAAGAGGAAGAACUGAGGAGAAGGAUAAUGAUGACUGGAAAAUACAAAGGUGAACUGUACGAAAAGGAAAAGUGGGAAAGCAACAAAGUUAGAAAUAUAAGUUCUGUUUACGACAAGUACAAAAUAUUGUUGACAGAUAUAAAGUCAGGAGAAUAUUUGAAUACGAUAGAAUCGAAGUUAAAUGUAAUAGAGAAUUCUCUUCUCUGCAUGCCCGAUUUUCAGGAAGGUGGAACAGAUGAUAGGCUGGACGUAAAGAAGAAAUUAACUGAAUUGUUUGACACAGCUGUCGAUCACCUGAUGGAGAAUUAUGAAGAAGUGAAAAAGAAAAACGAUACACAGAAGCUACACAAGGAGCAGCUGAACUUAACGUGUGACUUUAACCUUUUCCUUCGUCUGUGUAAAACGAUGUUAAACGACCAACAGAUGGUAUAUAAUAGUAGCAAGAAAAAUAUUAUUUUCUAUAAUAAUAUCUGUAAGGUGAAUUAUGUAUUGGGGGUGAAUAGGAACAGAGACAUUCUCUUCAAUUUGCACUGCAGGAAGGGGUACCUGGUCCUUUCAGAUCGUAUCUCCCAAGAGGAGAACAACACGGAGGAGAUUCAUCAACAUCGGAGGUAUGAGCGAUCCUAUGAAGGGGGAGCUACUUUUCCCCGACCGACGACUCAUAUGUGUUACGAUAAAAAGGGAAUUAUUGAAAAGUUAAACAUUUUGUGGUUUUAUGAGAAGAAGGAGGAAGCACAUUAUUUACACCUGUACAAUUUAAAUAAUUUAAAUAGCAAAGUAAUGUCUGUACCUAUUGACUCCGCCUUGGAGUGUAUAGAUGUGGUUUUUUUAAAUUCCUUUGUACCCCUUGAUUCAUUCUACAAUUCAAUGAAGAACUACUAUCUAAUGGCAGUAACUGAGUUAUCUUUCUACAUUUUCAACGUUCACUUAUAUUUCAAUUGUGAGGAGGAUUAUAAUAUAUCCAUUAGUGAGCAACUGAUCUAUCAGAACAUUUACCCCUUUUAUUUUAACAUUUACCUUUUCCUCCUCUUUAAAUUGGCAAAGGAAGACAAGAAGAAGAAGUUUCUUUUUGUCAAAUCUUUCGAGAAAACAGAGAGGAUCUUCCUCGGUGCUGAUGAUGGGGAUGUGUAUGAAUUCAUCUAUGAGAGGGAUAAUUUUUUCAAGCCUUUGGGCAUUUUAAAAAAAAUUAUUUUCACAACACUGAGUGCACUAGUCAGUGGAGUCAAUGAUGCAUUGUUUUCUCGCAAUAGAUUGAAUGACUAUGCAUCGCGUGGAGAUGAAUCCUAUUCGGAUGAUCAGAAUCGAAGCUUGCGUAGUAGGAGUUACACUCGUAGCUAUAGCGGAAGCGGGUCUGUGACGAGCAACUAUAGUGGGAGCAGUCGGCGAAGCCAAAGCCAACGAACGGGUAGGAGUACUUCACAGAGCCAUAUAUCGCAAAGCCGCACUUCGCAUAGCCGCACUUCGCAAAGUCGCACCUCACGCAGCCGAAAAUCGCGAAGCCACACUUCGCGUAGCCGAAGUAGGACAACCCGAAGGACACUUGGAAGUAGUCUUCACAAAAGCAGUCCCGACAGGAGUAGCCCCGACAGAAGCAAUCCAUCAAUGAAGAACCCGCGGAGGAGCCACAGUCCCCAUGUGGCAGAUCAAUCCCCCGCAACGCACCACCGAGACGAUGAACAAGACGCACUCAACGACUACAACAAGAAUAUCUACUGCGAUGACAUUCAACAAGUUCCAGUCAAGUAUCAUUUGAAGAAAAUAAUAAGUACGUAUUUCAUAAAGUAUUUUUCCUUCUUUAAAAAUAAAGUGAAGAAGAUGUUGGUGGACAAUGAGAGGUCCAUUUUGUAUGUGCUUUAUGACAAUAGCGACCUGUAUGUUAAGCUCCUGCACAAUAAUGUGGGUGAGGGGGGGAGAUCUAGGAAUUACUUGUCAGAGACAAUUAUCUUCACUAAGAGUGACCUCGUGUCCGAGAUGAGUAACAUAUACUUCGUGGAUGACAACUCCUUCGGGUAUCCGGAGGGAUUCAUGGGGGUUCCUCCCGGUGACGCGUUUUACGGCGGGAUGGCCGGGCGAAGUGUAGGCGGGCAUAACGUAGGAAUAGGAGGGGUUAACUUACCAGGUGGUAACCUGCCAGGAACUAACGUGGGAGGUGGUAACUUCGGGGUUGUUAACUUUGGAAGUGCCAACUUUGGAGGCGGUCCCAUGCAAGGACAGUCUUCCGAAUCGAAUCGCUUUUUCUAUCCAACGAACCUAGAGCACAGCGUUCUGAACAAGCUGAGCAUCAUUGACAUGCACAUAAAUCACUUACACGAAAGAAGUAACGUAUGUCUAAAACUUGUAGACAACAACUGUAACAUCUACUACCUCUCUUUGGUGAGAUCUCCCGAAACAAACUUAUACAAAAUGGUUCUGAAGGAUUUUCAGAAUUUCCCCCACAACAAAGGCUUACAGAUUAAUGACAAGGAGAACCAUAUCUUGUUCACUCAUCAUUUGAAGAACUUGUUUGUCGUUCUUAAGAAGAGGAAGGCUAAGGUUCGUGAUGGGCGAGGAGCAUCAGGGGGGAUCUCCGACAUGCCUACUACCGGCCUGGAGAAGAACAACAGGAACGACUCAACAACGGAUAGACACCAAGUAGAAGGGAGAAAAGGUGAAAAUCACUUUUCUCAGAGGCGUGAUAUGGGAACACUCGCGGGGAUGGGUGGUAAGUCUAUCAACGGAGUUGGUUGUGCACCCAAUUUACACCAAUUUUCUGAAGGGGAGAAGCGAAGGAGAGAGGAUCCUUGGGGGAGAAAGCAUCGAGGAGGAGCGGGACAAGAAGAAUACAGCGAUGUGGAAAGCAUUCACGAGGGGGCAAACGGGUGCGACUACCACAGUGAUGGCAAGGAUGUAUUCCACCCUGAAAGAGGGGAAAACGGGCGCAGAAGGCAAGAGCAGUCCUCUUCUUCUUCAUCAUCCCCCCACCCCUGCUACAAACUGAAGUUACUAACUACCUGUGAUGAAGGUAGUGAUCCAAUGGUAGGAAUCAACGCAACGCAAACUUGUACAUCAAAAAAAAACAAGUUCCUCUUUAGACAGUUCAAUGAGUACUAUAUAAACGAAGAAAUUAUUGCCAUCCUAUAUAAAAAACGAAAUUCUAAUUUCCAUGGUUUUUUUGAGCAAACACAGAAGAGCAACAUUAUUAAGGAUUUAUACAUGGACAGAAUUAGGCAUGGAAGCGUUAAUCGUCUGGGAUCGAAGAGUGAGCAGAACACGAUGAGGAUCGGUUAUGGUGGAAACUUUGAUCCCUUUCAUGGGACCAUGAAUGGGUCCUUGAGGGGCGACUAUGGGGAACAGGCCCCUUACUACGGGGGAGGUUCCCCUGCAGUGAAUACAGGUGGGGUUAAUAUUCUUGGCGGGGCUAAUAGCCUUGGCGGGGCUAAUAGCCUUGGCGUGGGUAACAAUCUUGGCGUGGGUAACAAUCUUGGUGGGGGCAACAAUCUUGGGGGGGUUGGAAAUGCUAGCGGAAUUAGUGGUCUUGGUGUGGGUGGGCCAAACUACUACGACAGAGCCUUCCUUACGAACAACAACAGAUUCCCCUUUAAGGACGACGGAGGAGACCACCCCCGAAGGAGGCCCAUCAUCCCUGAGCAGGCACCGGGACGCCUGGAAAGCAUUCCCCCGUUCUUCCUAAAUGAAAAUACGGUAAGUGAGUACCAGGAUUACUACGACCUUAUCAUAAUUACGAAAAAGCGAAUCUACUACAUUAGCCAAAAUAGCCGCACGCAAAUGGUGGAGAAGAUGGUGAAUCAUUUUGUAACGCAUAAAGUAACAUCUCAAGAUAGGAACAUUAGAUGUGUACUUCUGAAUGAAAUGCGCAUGAGGGGUGAGUGCAGUGGGAAUGAACCAAGUGGAUAUGAACCCGUUGGGGCCAAAUUGGAUGAAGACACAUUUGUAGGAAGAUCUCCACGAACGAUAGGGACACCUGCCGGAUAUAUGGCGGGGUAUACAGCUGCGACGGUUGGCACCCAUGGAGAUAGCCCUCCCUCCGUGUUGAGCGAUCCUAGUCAUCACGAAAUGGCCUACCACUACUACGUAAACCAAAUUAUUAAAAUGGCGUCGAGGGAUGAGUUCUUGUAUGUAAUCUGGUCCAUGUUGUUAAACCACGUAUACAAACACGAAAUAAUGUGCUUUAACAACGUUAAAGGUAAUGGGGGUAGGAAGAUGCUUCAAGGGAGGAGCCAUGGGUAUGAGCAUAACUAUGGAGAAGAAAGCGAUAAACAUGAGGAUGGGUGGUACUACCGCCAUGGAGACAAUUCAAUGCAGGGUGUAUACAGGAAAGCUUACGGACAGAUGAGUGGACGAGGAGAUUAUUACGGAUAUCCUUCUUCUUUUCCAAAUCCGAAGGGGAAAAAGAAAGGACAAAGAACUGUUCACUUCGAAGGGGGGUUAAAUGAAAAUAUAAGAGAGGCAUCUCCAUCUUCAGAAACUGGAGGAAGAAGAAGGAGAAGGAGAAGAAGGCGUGAUCGUAGCAGAAGCAACAGUACCACAAGUAGCACCAUGGGGGAAAGUGAGUACGGAAGGAUGAAACAUACGGUACAUAGAAAAAAUGGAACCAAUCAAAUAGACUACGAUAUACUUAAUAAAAUAUAUAGGCCCACCCCCUUCAAAUUUGGUUUCUUGGAUAAGGAUGCAGACUACAUUAUAAAACAAGGGAGACUUCAAAGAGCCAUGGAGCUGGAAAUUAAAACGAGAAAAGUUAAGGGAAUAAACCAUCUGUUUGAUGAAACGAUGGAUAAUUUAGAAGGGGAAGAAGAAAGUAACAACGUUAUCCUUGGUGGUGAUGAUCGGAUGGGUGGAAGGUCCUUACGCAUGUUGAAGGGUGAACCUGUCGUGGACCCCUCCAGUGAAAAACUUCUGCAGAAUAACUCUGGAUACUACAACUUCUUCAAUGUGUGCCAGAAGAGAGCCACGAAGGAAAAGCUCCUAGAGGCGGAAAGGAACCGAAGUGGAAAUUUUGCCUUUGAAUAUCUAACGAACAAAAAUUUCGAUAUCCUUUUUUUGAAAACUGUGAACAUGUACCAUAAUUCCCUGCACGUUCUUUCGAGGGGAUUGCUUCUCCUGCUUAGUCGUCUCCUGAAACCGGUCAUGUUUAUUCAUUUGUUUUCGUAUGAGAGGUAUCGCGACACGCACUUGUUUAAGUGCGCGGGCCGGAGUGUUGGACGGAGUGGUGCCGGAAGAAGUGGUGAUGGACGACAUGGUAAUGGACGGCAUGGUGAUGGACGACAUGGUGAUGGACGACAUGGUGAUGGACGACAUGGUGACGACCAUCAUGCUGAUGGACGAACAGGAGGAGGUCCUUGGAAAAUCAGGAAAGUAAUGCGAACGGCUCGGGGGGGCAGAGAAGACGGAAACGUGGGCAUUUCAGUUAUUUCGAAAGAGAGGAAUGAUGAGGAAGAGGAGAUAUUUUACAGCAUGAAAGAUUUCUGCAUUAUCCGAAUGAAUGAUGAAGAAAUAUACGCGAAGAAGAAGAGGAAGAGAAGUUGGUACGAAGCCAACGAAGAUGUGUACAUACUGACCGGCAAUGUUCCUUUAGACUGUUGUUUGAACUUGAUAGAAAAAUUGAAGUGUCUUAAUCUAUGUGUCAGUAUCAUCCUUACCACUUUGUUGAAAAAGAAGAAGGAUUUCCUAGAAAAAAUUAAAGAACUAAACGAUCCAUCCAUUGCAAACGUUUACACUGACUACACGGUUCUAAUGACUAACGAAGUAAAUGAGUUCUAUGCUAUUUUGAACUUUAUAAACUUUAGCAUAGAAUACCUGCUCAUCUAUUCUAUCCUCAUAUGUGAUUAUUACAAGAACAAGACAAUAAUGAGAAAAAAGAAUAUUGGAACGAAUCAAAAUUUCCUCUACCUACCUAGUACUCUCUUCGACCUACUCAUCAAGUGCAAUUUCAUGAAAACUUAUUUGAGCAAAACGUACAGAGAUAUUCUGAAGCAGUGCCUCUUUAACAUUAUCAAGUCCGGAAAAUACAUCCCCGUGGAUUUUUUCCAAGGGUAUAUAAUACACAAGAAUGAAUUUCUAGCUCUCUUUCUGAUUAAGAAAAUUGAAGAGGAGGUUUACAUGAAGAAGAAAAUGAAAAUAAAGAACGACUAUGGAAUUUUUCGUGGUUCCGGAGGAUCUGGUGCGCGUGGAUUCGGCGUAGGAAUUCCCAACGGAGACGGCCAUAAUGUGGAAAACAUUCUCGGUGCUGGAAGCGGUGUUGUAAGAGAGAGCUCUGCGCUGGAGAAAUUUGAUGAUCUCCUCGCUUCGGAGAAGAGGGCAGAACAUUUCAUACACGAGAAUUUGAAGGAUGCCCUCAUCAGCAUCAAUAUCUUCAAACUUAUUAUUCUCCUUUACAAAGCAGACUACUACCGGUGCGCGAGCACACUCAUCAGUCUAUACAUAGAUGCGUAUAACAAGAAGUUGCAGAUGGAGGGAGGGAAAAAAGGAAAAAGGGAAAAAUUUAUUGAAAAAAAAAACACCUCCUGGUUAACACAUGAAAUUUUGUUUUGUCAUCCAAAUGAGGAAAGGGGAUCCACGAGAAAAAGAGGAGUGUCAGUCUUGAUGAACAACAUGGACGUGGAAUAUACAUAUGACUAUUUUGUUCUUUUCGAAAAUUGUUUCUUCCCGAUUGAAAAAAUUAUACACGUAAAUUAUACAAAAUAUCUACUCAAAAAUAAUGAAAAAAAAAAAAAAAAAAUUAAAACAUUCUUGACAACCCUUUUAGAAUAUUCCAGCGACAUCAAUUUGCACUUCUUUAUUUUUAAUCUCAUUUUAUACAAAUGCGAUAAUCAGUUCCCUUGUCCCAUUUCGGAGUUGAGAAUAUCCCCUCACCUUUACUACUUCAUCAAGCUGAACGAUAGGAAUAUACCAGAUGCUUAUGUGUAUUACUUUUCGGAGAGGAAAUACCAGGACAUGGUCAUUUUUUACGCAAGGCAAAGUUUUUCUGCGUGGGGGGAACCGCACCCGGCAAAACCGACCCUGAGAGAACUUUAUCAGACCAAGGUGCAGGGAAGUGACUAUGUGGAGGGAAAACCAAGGGAGGAAUCAGAGAAGAAAACAACGAAGACAACGAGGGAGGAAAAUGUCCACAGGGGGAGUCACCUGUUAGGAAAGAAAGGCACUAUUCUGGGUGAGAAGGAUAAGUGCACAUCUGUCAAGGGGGAUCCGCUGAGGGUGGGUUCCACCCCCCUGGAGAAGAACCUGCACCAGGGAGACUCGCGUGACAGACAUGACAGAAGGGAAUUCACAACUAAUGAGGAUGUAGAGAUGGAAGUUAACAUAGACUACGACCUACAUACCAACGAACUACUAGCCGAAUUGGCUCACAACAACUAUAUAUAUGAAAACACCUUCAUCGGAAACAGCUACCUGAUGUCAAAUCCCAUGUACACACAUGAAACGAGAGAAAUUUUUGGUAGUAUUUAUAAGUAUCUGUACUCCAUCUUGUCGUACCCCAGUUUAAAAAAGAGAAUCGAGUUUGUGGAAUGUUGCAUGAGAGCAAAAAUAUUUAUCAUUGAGUCUAGCGCAAGAAGUUUGAAGGGAACGGGUUUGCACAAGAAUACCUUCCUAAAUGAAUAUCUGGAUGUGCAUGCGCGUGGUGGCAGUUUAUCCCAAGGAGGAAAAACGCAAGGGAAUGGGGUGGAUGAUAGGGGAAAUGAACGAGCAAAGAAGAACAAGGCUUUACAUGACUUACUAAACACGAGCGUCACCUUGAAAAAGGAAGUUAUAAAAAAUUAUUAUGCAAUUGACAAGGGAAUAAAAUACGACCCAACCUUUGAGAACACCCUAAAGGAGCUGAUCAGUCAAAACAAUUGUUUUUUCAAGCCGAAGGAAGAUUAUCUACAAAAACAGAGCUCAUAUUUUCUCCAUCUGAAGGAGAUAAAGAAAUGCAGAACCGCACUAAAUUAUCAGAAGUUGCUUUUUCACGAAAUUAUAAACUUGUUCGUUUUUUAUGUGUACAAAUUUUGCAAUUGGGAUGUGGUGAAAAAUUAUUUCUCCGUUCUGAUGGUCGGAAGGACAGCAGAUAUAUUGCAAAUAUUAAUACAUUUAGAAAAUAUAAAUAAGGAAGAAAUUGAUAUUGUGAAAAAAUCUUUCUCUAACAUGUAUGAAUAUCUCUCGAAAAGUAAAUUUGAACAUAUAGAUGAUGUCAUUACGGAUUACAAUUAUAAAAUAAGUAAUAACCUGAACGGCAAGGUAAAUUUGGUACGCAUUGUAGAUAUCAUCGACACGUUCAAGGAGUACCUAUUUACAAUACAAAAAUGUAUUCAUUCGAAAGAGGAAUUGAAGGAGAAGAUAUUCUUUAGCAGUAAGUUCCUUUUUCAAAAUUUUUUACCAUCCUUUAACCUGCUAAAGUUAAUAAUUUUGUGCGAUAAGAAAAAGGAAAAAAUAAAAAAUAUGAACACGAAUUGUUUUUCGACAGUCAAUCACAUGAUCAAGAAUGACGCAUCCAAAUGUAGUUCCCGUAAUUUUGCAAAAUAUUCUUUUUACUUCGAGAGGUUACUUGACUUUGCCUUUUCCCUAUCCAUAACAUUUGAGAAUAUCAACUUCGUAAUAAAUUACAUUGGGGAUGUCAUUAAGUUGAAUGAUGUGAAAUUUAAAAAUUGUCUUUAUCUCCUCGUUACGGUGAAAUUACACAAGUUCAUGAAUAAUUUGUUUGAAAUGCAAAAGGUUAGAAGUCUCAUGAAGAACAAGGUGGAAUUGCUACGCAAGAAGCAGUAUAGUUCUGUGGGGCCAUUGCACCUCAUUUAUUUUUUGAACUGCGUUCCAUUAAUUUAUUUGGACCCCCAGAUGAACGUCAUUCUGAUUAAUGAAUCGUAUGAAUAUACAAUGAACCAGGACAGAAUUAUUUUCUCCAAACUUUCUCCGUUUUCUCUGGUUUCCAAGGCUGUGAAUCACAAACUGAGGAGCGUUUACUCUUACCACGACUACACGGAUAAUUACAAUGGGGAGGGCCAAGCCGACGACCACUGCGGAGGGGAGGAGGAUGGAAACGAUGCAGAUGAGACAGACCGCACCAAGGACGCCAAGAGCAUGACCUCCGCGGAAGAUUUCCUCGCGAAGAAGAUCAAGGGCAAUAGCGCAGCCAUCGACCGCAAUGACCGGAAGGCUCUCUAUCACCUGUACAAUGUCAAUUAUUGCCUUAACGAAAAUGACUAUGGUCACAACGUGCGGGGAGCUUCCAACGGUGGAAAGGGUACCUCUACCUCAGCUCCACCAGCACCGGAACUCAUCGUCUUAACGUACAAGAACUACUGCUCCUACAUCGUGUGGAUUGCCAACCUUCUCCUGAACCACAAAAUUGAGUACAAGGCGUUGAUCAAUGUGUACCUGAACAUACAGAGCAACAUUAAACACCAGAAAGCAUCCCAAAUGGAAGAGCACGAAAUUGCGAUCAUACUUUACUACCUCUUCACUAUGUGGAUUAAUGGAGAUAAGAACAACUGUUCUUUCUUUUUUUACAAUGAGGAAAAGAGUUUUAACGAGCAGAACAACAUUGGGUGUUUCUUGAAGGACAAAAAUGGGCAGAUCGAAUAUAUAAACAACUGCUCCCUCAUCACCUUGUUGAAGGAACUCUUGUCGAGGGCGGAGUUUUAUUUCGAGUAUACAUCAGAUGCCUCUUCCAGGAAUUACGAUAUCAGCUGUAUCAUUUUGGAUCCCUCCAUAUGUGACACCGAGAAGGUGAAUAAAUCAUCCGUUGAUAUUUUGAAAAAAUUUUUCGACAGUAUUUACAUCACCUUUAAUGAGGUUAUGGCAAAGAUGCCCGUACUUAAUCACAUCGUGGAGUUCCAAGCUAUCCAGGCCUUCCUCAAACGCUUCAAGGUCUACUUGGAGGAAAUUGCCUGCAGGAUCACGCUGAGCGAGGGCCCCUUCCUCUGA